UGAAUAUGUAUCAGUGUCAGUAAACAUGUUAUUUUGAAUAUAAAAAAUUACGUUAGUGAGAAUUGUAAAGCGUCAUUAUCUCCAUCUAUCUUGCAUUUUCAGAACACUCCAGUCACCUGUUUCCGUGAUAUAUAUAAAAUCGUAGGAUAGUUUGAAGUGCAGGUGACAAUGAAGGUACAACAGGUGAAACUGAUGUGAAAAUGCAGAAAAUAAUCACCAACAGGAAUUAGGUGGAUAACACAUUGGUGGCAGAGAGUGAUAACUGCAUGCAGUUACUUUCAGAGCAUGAAAAAGCUCACCCAGACAUGGAGACAACAAAAAUCAGGAUCUUUUCCGAGAAACACUGCCAAGGAAGAGGCUCACGGGCCGCCUGCAGGCAGUGCCACAAUGACAAAACGUCUCGGUCGACUGCCAGUGACAGUGACGACAAGGAAGGUUGUUGCAAUGGUUACAAACACUGGCAAAGGGGAUCACCUUCAGAAUGGGUGUGGCUCAUCAAUGGUAAAUACAACCAAUAACACAUCAUUUACUUUGGAUCUCGAUGAAGAUUUAAUUUCCGCUGUUGAGUUGAUGGAGCAAGACCUCAAAUCAGGAAAAUCUCCCAGGAGGCAUCUGCCAUUGUCCAAAUCACCACUUGUAUGUAGUACACCCAUAACCAGCUGCAAACGAAGCAAUGGAAACUGGUCUAACAAGAAGCAGACGUCUGGUAAUGUCUCUGCAGGUUUAUCUGGAAGUAGAGAUAGGCCUGUCCAAGUGGGGAUAACUCUUAGCGGAAAGAGGAGAAGAGAGGCCAGACAAGCUGGAAAUAAAUCUGUUAAGAAAAAAAAUUUGUUGUCGUUUUCCAAUAAUAACAAAUCACUAACACCAUCAAAUAGCCCUGCAGACAAAAAGAAGUGCAGUGGGUUAGAGAAUAAUGACAGUGUUAAAAAAGUAAAUAAAUCGGUGAUGCCACUUCAUAUUUCAGUUGACAAAAGUCCACACAAGUCAUCAUCUUCUGGUAUACAUUUUACUACCAUUAAAAGCGGAGGUAGUGAAAGUGUAAAAAGGUUCACCGAUUUGCAGCAGAAAAAUGACACAAAAGGAAAAGAAUAUUUGUUUAAUGACACGUCACAGGUUAAUGAAAGAAAAUCUGAAGACCGAUCAAAGCAAGAUGCUCCUGAAAAUAGUGCAUCUACAAUUCCAGGAAUUUUUAGUUUAAUGAAGAAUAAUAAUCGGAUAGAUACGAACAGCGUGGAUAAAAACCUGUUCUCCAAGAAGAGCUCUUACGAGACUGGAGAAGGAGACCAUGAGGAUAAGGGUAAGACGAAGACUUUGACAAAGGUUUCAACUGAGGAUUCCAAGAUUUCCACUGUACCAUGUCAGAUGAAUAAGACCAGUUCAGAGAAAACUUCAAAAGAGGGAGAGAUUGAUAAACUCUCAACAAUAGUAGGUGUGUCUGGUGAAUCCUCUGAUUCUUCUCGUCUGUUGCUGUCGUCGUGGGGUCUUCCCGAACCCGUUCUCAAGCAGUAUAACAGUAUGGGCAUCACGCAGAUGUUUGAGUGGCAGGCAGAGUGUUUGUGCAUAGGAAAUGUUUUAGGUGGUGGUAACCUAGUUUACGCUGCACCAACCAGUGCUGGCAAGACGAUGGUUGCCGAGUUGCUCAUUCUCAAACGGGUGUUGGAGACCCGGAAGAAGGCUCUCUUCAUUUUGCCCUUCGUGUCUGUCACCAGAGAAAAGAUGUUUUCACUUCAGCAAUUGUACCAGGAUGCCGGUAUCCGAGUCAGUGGUUUUAUGGGCGGUUAUAGUCCACCUGGAGGCUUCAAUGCUGUUGAUGUGGCUGUGUGUACCAUCGAGAAGGGCAACAGUCUCAUUAACCGGCUUAUAGAGGAGAAAACAACUGACCAGCUGGGUAUUAUUGUGGUGGAUGAGCUGCACAUGGUAGGAGACUCACACCGUGGAUAUCUCCUCGAACUUCUGCUUACAAAGAUUGCCUAUGUGGCCAACAAGGGCAGACCUAAAGCUGGAGAAAAGUCAUCUGGCGAUUACAACCCUGUGCAGAUAGUUGGAAUGAGUGCCACCUUACCUAACCUGGACCUGCUGGCCAGGUGGUUACACGCCGAUGUUUUCCGAACUGACUUUCGACCUGUGCCCCUCACAGAGUGCCUCAAGCUGGGUGCGGUGUUAUUCAACAGUGAAAUGCGAAAGAUUGGCGACAUCAAUAUGUGCCAUGUUUGCAAGGGCGAUGAGGACCACAUCAUUCCACUGUGUCUGGAGACCGUCCUGGCCGGCCAUGCCGUACUCAUCUUCUGUCCCACCAAGAACUGGUGUGAGAAACUCUGCGAGACUAUCGCAAGAGAAUUUUACAUGAUGAUGAAAAAUCCACCAACAGCUGCGACUGACAAAGGGCAAGGUUUUCAGAAGGCAUCGGAGCUGUUUCGGAUCCCACUGAACGCCACGGCUCUGCGGGAUGUGUAUCUACAGUUACAGAGAACUCCUGUUGGUGUCGACAGCACACUGGGCAAGACUGUGCCAUAUGGUGUGGCAUUUCACCACGCAGGUUUAACCUUUGAUGAGCGUGACAUCAUUGAGGGAGCGUUCCGAAACGGCAGCCUCAAGGUCUUGGUUGCCACAUCGACGCUGUCGUCGGGUGUAAACCUGCCAGCACGGCGAGUGAUCAUCCGCUCGGUGAUGUUCCAUGGGAAGGUCAUCGAGGCCCUCACGUACAAACAGAUGGCUGGUCGGGCCGGCAGGAAGGGAGUAGACACAGCAGGAGAAUGUAUAUUGGUUUGCAAGCAGAAUGAGAAGACAAAGGCGAUCAACUUGAUGAAGUCGGAGUUACCUCCCGUCAAGAGCUGCUUGAUACGGGAAGACCACGAGGGUCUCAGUUCCUGCAUGAAGCGAGCCAUUCUCGAGAUUGUGGUGAGUGGAGUAGCUGUUGCCCCUGUGGAUGUUGCAGCUUACGCAUCGUGUACAAUGUUAGCAGCGUCCAUGUCUACCGAACACAGCCAGACUGGGGAACUCAUAGAGGCUUGCAUCACAUUCUUACAGGAAAAUGAGUUUGUUACAUUGAAGUCGGAGACCGAUGAAGCUGGAGUGAAAACUGAGAGGUUCUACCCAACCCAGCUAGGGGCGGCAGUGUUGGCCUCUGCAUUAUCUCCUGACGAGGGGCUUUCAGUGUUUGCCGAACUGCAGCGGGCCAGAAGGUGUUUUGUCCUGGAGAGUGAACUGCAUGUUAUCUACCUGGUUACGCCCAUCUACAGCCAUGAGAUCUCGUCCAGCAUCGACUGGUACCAGUUCUACUGUAUGUGGGAGAAGCUCUCUCCCAGUGCACUGCGCGUCGCCGAACUCGUGGGAGUGCAGGAGUCGUUCAUCGCCAGAGCCGUGAGAGGACGCAUUCUGAUGAAGACGGACGGCCAGCUGCGAUCUCUCGGCAUCCAUCGGCGGUUCUACACAUCGCUGGUGCUGCUGGAUCUCGUGUCCGAGGUGCCGCUUCCAGAAGUCGUCAGACGUUACAGCUGCAACAAGGGUCAGCUACAGUCUCUGCAGCAGUCGGCGGCCACAUUUGCUGGUAUGGUGACUGUUUUCUGUGGUCGGCUGGGAUGGUACAAUCUGGAACUGAUCCUGUCACAGUUUCAAAACCGCCUGACGUUUGGAAUUCAGCGAGAGCUGUGCGACCUGGUGCGGGUUUCCCUGCUUAAUGGACAGCGAGCCCGAACUCUGUACAAUGGAGGAUACCAGACUAUCGCAUCCUUGGCCAAUGCUGACUCUUCAGAUGUGGAGAACCUGCUGAAAACAUCGGCUCCUUUUCAAAGCACCAAAAGAUCAGAUGGGGAGUCGGAGUGGGAGCUGGCAGAGCGCAGGAAGGCACACUGCAUCUGGCUGACCGGUAAGAAGGGAGUCACAGAGCUGGAGGCUGCACAGGCUAUUAUCAGUGAAGCCAAGUCCAUCAUAGAGGCAGAACUGGGAGGCCUCGGAAUUCAGUGGAGAUCAUCGGAGACACAGAAGGAACAGACAAGUCCUGUGUCAGCCGAGCAAGAUGGAAUCACGGAUAAAAGAAACAGUUCAGGAAAUAUAUCCAGAACAAGAAGGAGCUCAAGAUCAAGUAAAAAAUCUCCAUCAAAUAAAACUGUUUCAGCACUAAAUAUCACCAAUACUUGUAAUAAGGAUAGGUCGUUUGUUGGGGAGGUCCUAAGUCCACCACCUGCAAUGAGGAAAUGUUCCCAGCCUACUGCACAGUCGCCCCUAGCUGCCAACAGAGUUGAGAUUAAUAUUCUGAAUUCAAAGAAUCCUGUUGUACAAAAACAAAUGGAAUGUAUGUUGCAACUUAAUAAACCAUCAAUAAAAACUUGCAACCUACAGGUACCAGAUAGUGAACAGAAAAAAUCAUCAACAGAAAAAUGUUUGUUUAAUGACGUUUCACCUACAGUUUCAUUCAACAAAAUGUUUGCCAAGAAACAUGAUCGUACUGUAAAAAAAGACUUUCCACAAACCUCAGAAAAUAAAACUAGAAAUGAUUUCAGUGCAGAUGCACGUAGAUUGGAUAACUCAGUUUUGAAAGAUUUCCAGAUAACAAAGUGUGAUUCUGUUCACCAGGUAACAAAGUCCAAUGAUAUACAACAGAUAAAGAAGUGUGAUGGUGUACACAAUACUGUGGAAAGAGUUGAAAAAAAUGAGACAGAAAAUGUGAAAGGUGAUGUGAAAGUUGAUGGCCAUAGUAAUGCAAUGUUCCUCCCAGUAGACGAUGAUGACAUUCCACGUAUUCCAUUGGAGCCUGUAGUGAACAUUGUCACCACAUCGGACUUGAUGAAUGACAAUUUGACUGAAGACAUGUUUUCUCAGUCGUUCUCUGCCGAGACUUUGCUAAGUUUAUCCCAGAAAGCGCAGGUCGUAAAACCUCACCAAGACUCUGCUAAAGAUGAUGGUGGUGAGUCUGAUCAGAUGCAGGAUGAUGAGUUCACGGACAGCUUUCUUUUCAACACACAGAUCUCCAAUGAGAUAGCAGACGUUGUUAAAGAUAAUCCAAUGUGUCCAGUGCGAGUUUCAUUCAAAAAUGGGGACGAUCAGUGCAAUACGGAAAAGAAGGAAACUUCACCAAAUCUGUUCACUGAACAGUCUGAAAACCUCCUUCAGGGUGACGAUGAUGUUAGAUUAGAUAUGGACCGUAAAGCAGAAGUCAAGUUGUCUUUCAACAAGAAGUGCGUUUUCAAAACUAUGCUUGCAGAGGACUGCAUUUGUUCAUUGCAAAAAGAUGACGAUUGCAGUGUUUUAGUUGCUGCUAGUAAUUAUGACAGGGUUAACUAUACAUCCAGUGAUUUCAUGGAUUCCACAUUUCAGGAUGAUGCCAAUGCUUCCUACACAGAGCUGCGAAUACCAAAUGCAGAUGUUAAAAAUAAACCUGAAUCUUUCAACAGAGCUUUAGAUCGUCAGGUGGCCGACACGGUUGUAAUUAAUAAUGAGACUGAAUGUAAAACUGCUGUAGCUUGUAUUUAUCCUGGAACAGGAUUUAAUGAAAAUAUUUCCAUGAGUGAUUCUUUCUCUUGUUCCUUGGCUGAUGCAGCUAUGGAGAAUGUUAAUGCUUUGACCAUCGAUAAAGCUAAUAAUGACUGUAAAACAUACACACCAAUAGCAGCUGUUGGUACAGACGAUUCGUGGACAUUUUCCAUGAUGGAGAAGGUGCUUGAUGAUCAGUUUGAGGUGAGCAGUCCUGAAGAAGAAACAAGAAAACUUUCCAAAAACGACAGAAAACUUGGUGAUGGUGAUAACAAUGAUUUCUUAUCUGUGAUAACUAAACAUACUGAAGCUACGUUUGAACCAACAAAAGUGGAUCAGCAGAAUAUGGAAUCGGGUUCAACUGGAAUGUGUUCAAACAGUAUUCAAUCAUCACACUUUAACAAAAAGUCUGAUAGUCAAUCAUUAUGUUUUAAUAAAAAGGCUAUGGAACAAACAGUUUCUAAUAAGCCAAAACAAAAAAGUUCUGACAUCGAUGUUGAUAAAAGAAUUGAAGAGAACAAGGAUUCUCCAGAUGAUGCGGAUUCCUUACAAAACAUCAGCACUGGAAGCGACUGUCUUCCUCCCACACCGCCAGACAACAAUAAUGUGGUGAUGUCUCCUCGUCUGAGGUACACGCCCGCCAGAAAGGCAAGAGGCAGACUGCAGCAGAACCAGGUAGACAAGUCUACUGAAUUACACAAGAACUUGAAUUCUCACCACACAAAACUGAAGAAAAAAACUUCUCCAAAAGAUAAGUCAAACUCUAAGCAGUGCUCUAACUCAAAAGUCAAUAAGAAUGGACAUGUAAAUGAGUCGUCUAAAGGUCACAAGAAACCUGGUGUGACACAGACAUUGGAUUCGAGAAAUGGAUCUUGGAUGAUGAAUGGUGUCUUGCAAAAGCCUUAUCAAGGAUGUGGAGACAAUGAAGACCUUGCUUCCUGUCUUGACAGACAAACAAAUCCAGUUUCAGUGAGUGAUAACAAAAAGGCUGAUGUUCAUUCAUUAAGUUUUAACAAAGACCUGGCUUCUUGCCUUGAUGGCGAGAGGACUUCAGUCUCAGUAGGUGCUUCAGGUGAUGAGGACAAGCUGCCUGAUCCACUUGUACAGAAGGAUGGUGUUGGAGAUUGUGAUGAGUCUGCUGAUUACAGUUUUUUACUCACCCAGCAAUCCUUCACCAUCAUUGACGUGUGUGCAGACAAGAUGCUUUUCCAGAGAUUCAUCUCAGAGUGGAGGGAGAAGUCCAGGUACUCGCUGUGUCUGGCAUGUGAGAAGAAACCCGCACCACCACCUCAACCUGGUGUUGGUAUUGGAGGCAAUUUCAUAAAGAACACAACAUCGGUGGCAAUGCCAGACAGCACUGAGUUGGACCUGGGGGACGGCCGCAUUGUUGUAGGAAUGGCAGUGUCAUGGGAGAACCGUGACACAUACUACAUAUCACUGACUAACACUCAGGUGGAAGGAGACCCUAAUGACAGCUUGGCCCCUCCCCCUCUCGACUCGACCCUCACUGUGGCCCAGAGACUGGAAGCCAUCAAGACAGUCAUUGAGAGUUCUCCGACAAAAGAUCCCAUCACAAUAGAUGUGUAUGACGUGAAGUGCCAGUACUCGGUCAUGUGCAGGGGGUGUGGUGUCCAGCCCUCAGGGAGGUUCCACGACCCUAGAGUGGCUCACUGGCUGCUUGACCCUGGGGCGAGGGAACUCAAUCUGCACGGUCUCGUCACAAACUUCAUUCCCAGUGAAAUUCCACUGCUUCAAGGUGUGGGUGGGAGUACUGGUCGAGGCAGCCUGGGACUGGCAGCCCAGAAGACUGGCACCGGUCGCUACAGGGCCACCGUUGAGAGUGUACUCGCGUGGAAACUCAUGGACUACUUCCUCGAGAAGCUGAAAGAAAAAUCACUGUUUUCUGCAUUUUCUUCUGUAGAGAUGCCAGCCGUCAUUAUCAUGGCAAGGAUGGAUCUGAAUGGAUUCGGUUUCAGUGAGACGGAGUGUGAGAGCCAGAAGAAUGUGAUGCUGGCCAAGAUGUCCGCCCUGGAGGAGCAGGCCUAUCAGACUGCAGGUCAUCCUUUUUCUCUCUCCUCAACUGAAGAUGUCUCACAGGUUUUAUACACAGAACUACAGCUUCCAAUUAAUGGAGACCCCAAGGCAGUACCUCCCCUAUUGAGGACUUUAGGUCCCAACCGUCGGGGAGUUGGCUCCAACAGGGGCAAACAGAAGACAAGCCUGAGCACCUCCAAGGACGUCCUGGAGAAACUGAAGCUAUUCCACCCGCUGCCAGGCGUCAUCCUGGAGUGGCGGCGCAUCACCAACGCUCUGACGAAGCAUGUGUUUCCCCUCCAGAAGGAGAAGAUGUUCUGCCCAAAGCUGGACAUGUACCGGAUCUUCAGCGAGUGUCAGUUCCACACCGCCACGGGACGGGUCAGCAUGUCGGAGCCCAAUCUGCAGAACGUCCCAAAAGACUUCCAGAUAACACUGCCAGAUGUUAUUGGAGAUAGUCCAACAGGAAAUGGCAUGGCAGCAAGUCACAGAAACACAAGGAAAAGUUCUCGGUUGAGACAAGAGUUUGCUGCAGGUCGACAGGUUUCCAGAGUGACUGAGAACUCGACAGCGCCAAGUGUCGCUGUCAGUAUGAGGCACGCGUUCAUUCCAUUCAAAGGAGGGGUAAUUGUGGCAGCAGACUAUUCCCAGCUAGAGUUGAGGAUAAUUGCCCACUUGUCCCAGGAUCGUAAACUCAUCUCCAUCCUCAACAAUGACGGUGAUGUCUUCAAGAUGAUAGCAGCCCAGUGGAAGCGGACCACAGUAGAGGAAAUCACGGCAGAAUACAGGCAGCAAGCAAAACAGAUCUGCUAUGGAAUGCUGUAUGGUAUUGGCCCCAAGGCUCUGGGAGAGCAGAUUGAAGUGGAUGAGAAUGAGGCUGCCGUCUUCAUGGAAACUUUCAAGUCGAGAUAUCCAGGUUUGAGAACUUACCUGCGAACGGUGGUGGAUUUCUGUCGAGAGAAAGGUUAUGUGGAGACUAUCAUGGGAAGAAGACGAUACUUGUCAACAAUAAAAGAUACAAACCCACACGCUAGAGCUCAGGCAGAAAGGCAGGCUGUGAACACAACGGUGCAGGGGUCGGCCGCUGAUCUCGUGAAGACGGCCAUGGUCAGGAUCGAUGACGGACUCAGAACAAGGUUUCCCGACUGUCACUUCACUCACAGACACAGAACGGAGCCUGUGUAUGACAAUCUGCAAUCUCAGAAGAGCUCAGUCGAUGUUUCCAUGACACCCAAGGGAGCAUUUCCUGUUCUACAGCUACACGACGAACUCAUAUACGAAGUCUCGACAAGGGAGCUAACUGCUGCUGCUCAGCUGAUCAAGCAUCACAUGGAACAUGCCAUGAAGCUGUCUGUACAUCUGCCAGUCAAGGUCAAGGUCGGACCAAGCUGGGGGAGACUGGAGGAUUUGGGUUAAAUAUACAAGAUGCUGACUGUUAGGUUCAUGUGAUUUUCAGUCAAAGAUGUAAGGGCCUUUCCAAGCCUGUAAUAAUUAGGGAACAAUAAAGGGAAAUCAAGACCAAGUAACAUUGGGACUUCUGUAAGUAGAUAAACGGGGCACCUUGAAACUUAAAAAGGUCACGCUUUGUGAUUUUGGAGGCCUCUUCCACCCGAACCCACAUGGUAUAGUUUUGCAUGCUGAAAAAUGACUCCUUGUGUUACAGCCACUUCUUUAUAAGGACCAAUUCAGUUGUCUGUGAUAUAAAAAAAAAAAAUAGAAGCUGUAUUUAAAUGGAACCUGCUUAUAAAUAGAGAAUAACUGGUUACUGCCUUUAGAUAUUGCCUUUGUCCUGUGAUAGGUUGGAAUGGUGUGUGCUUCCAUACAUAUUUCUGGAGUCUGAAAAUCAUAUUUAUUCCAGUUGUGCCAUACAGAUUGUAUAUGAUUAAUAUUCUUGGAUGAAUGUUUUUUUUUUAAACUUUGCAAGGUAUAGAAAAAGUGGGUAGGAGUACUAUGAAAAGGAGAGAAAGAUUUUUGGAUGGCACUAAAAUCUAGAAUUGCAGAAAAAAAAUCCAUAGUUUUCCUCAAGAUAGCACAUAGUAGGCACUAUAAAGAACUAAAUCAUGGGAACUACAAUAAGGUUUGUCUAAAGCAGAAACAGAGACAAGCAUCUUUAUCUUGUUAUCACUAUACACAGGCAAGAUAAAAUGACUAGAUAAGUUUCCACAUUUAUGUCACGUGUACAGCCUGACUCAAGUCAUUUGUUUCAGACUAGAUUUUCAAUUACCAUGUUAUACACCCAUUAGUUUCAAUACACAAUAUACACAUAAUGUACUGUGUAAACAUAGCAUGACUUACAUAUUUAAUUUGUGAAUAAAGAGUUGAAAUGUUUUUUUAAAUAUAUGACAAAAUGUAGCAUGACGUCUUGUGUCGCAUGAUGCAGGGCUGCCAACCAUUACAAUUUAUGCAGAAUCAUUACGAUUUUCCAUCUCUUAUUACGCCAUUACGCACGUAAUCUGAAAGAUUACGGCAAAUUCGCGUUUUCCUGUUUUUUUGGGUUUUUUUUUUGUUUGUUGUAAUAACCUACCACCCCUACGAAUCACAUAAAUUGGACUCGCCCAACUAGCCGCAAAUGCGCACGGAAGUUUUUUUGGCGCACGCAACGCACUUCGGAAUACACGUAGCUUGUGAAACGACGCCAUUUUGUAAAGAUGUCGAAAAAAUGCGAACGAUCAGAGCCAUAUGAAUUGUGCAAAGCUCAGAAAAAGCCAAAAGUAGUACAGAAGUAUAAACAGGACUACAGCAAUGAGUGGCCUGUUUUGAAGGCCAGUUCUGUUAGUAAUACUAGUGCAUUUUGCACUUUAUGUCGCGUUGGUUUUUCUGUUGCCCAUGGCGGGAAACAUGAUUGCCAAAGGCACAUCAAAACGAAGAAACACCAGGACAUCGUUGAGGCCAGCGAUAAAACAAUUCAUAAACAAAUAUCUGGAUAUUUUACACAGCAAAAGGGUUUAUACGACGGGUCACAAUUCACGCGAAAAUGAUUACUCUUUCCUGUUUUUAAAUGUUGGCAGCUAUGCAUGAUGAUGCAAGAAAUUUUUCGUCUCUGAUUUACAGUUGUUAAAAAUAAUUUCAUUUACUGGUAAACAUGUAUCAUAUCUUGCUCUAUUUUGUUUGUGUAGAAAUGAAAAAAAAAAGGCAUGCAAGACACUGCUUGCUUAUUUAGGGUUUUAUGAGUUACAUUACUAGCGAUGCAAAGUUCAAGUGAAAUGUACCUUUUCAGACAGACUACACUGGGUGCAGUAUUGUUUAUUAGUGCUGUUGCUCAUGUGCUUUAACUCCUUGUAAAUGUGGAAUAUUUUUAAUGCUCGGUAGAAACUAAAGAAAAUUGUAAAUUAAUACUUAAGGGAUUUCUAUUAUAUGAAUUUUUUUUUAUAUAUACAUAUAUCUCAAAUAAUGAAUUGUUGUACUUAUAAAUGAUUUGGUUUACAUUUGUUAGAUGGGCAUAAAUUGAUAUUGAUUGUGAAUCUAAACAGAAUAUUACAGCCAAAGGUUGCUCUCUCCAUUCUCCAAGAUGUUUCUUAUAUUAUUAUUCUAUGGUAUAUACUUGUAAAUAUUCUGUAACACAUUUUAUUUCGAAAAACAUUCUAUCUGGCUAAUACAUAAAUUGUUCUGGCCAGAGGAGCUAUAAUUUAUGUUUAUAAAUAUUUUACUAACCCCUCAGAAAUACAAAAAAAAUUGUAUGUCACAUCUAAUAAUUGGGUAUUUUUAUACACCCGUCUAUUAUGUCUGUCUGUUCACUUUUUUGUCCUGACCAUAUCUUGCAUACAGAUGCAUACAGGACCAUCAAACAUCACAUGUAGGAACAACUUGGGAUGGUGGUGUGUUGC